GCUAUGGAAACAGUAUGAAGCUGUUCUUGAGCACAACUUCUGGCGAACUGAACCGAGGCCUCGAUCGCCGCAUCGCCCCGCACCAAACACCUGCAUGCUCAACCAGUGCCAUUUAUCUAAUAGUAUGCAGUGCAGUGUGAUAUCAUACACUGAUUAUUGAGCGCAAGACACUAACAGGCACCAGGUAGCGUGCAAUUCUGACGCGUCACAAACUCACAACUUGAGCUCCAACGAUCGGGCUCAUCAGGCUAGCUGUGUGCUGCACUGUUUAGUCACCUUACAACACAAAACAUCUUGACACAAAUGGCUAGCGCCGGUCGCGGCCUGGGCCUGCGGCUGCCCAUGUACGUGGUGGACGCCUUCACCAGCUGCCCCUUCGCCGGCAACCCCGCCGCCGUGUGCCUGCUGGGCCCGGGCGUGACCCUCAGCGACGAGCUGCGACAGAAGAUUGCGGCGGAGAUGAACCACUCGGAGACCGCGUUCAUUGAACCGCUGGAGGGCUCUGCGGCGGCGGCUAGUACCGCCACCGCCACCGCCACCACCGCCGCCACCACCGCCACCGGUGUGCCGGACGUGUUCGCCACGGCCCGCGAGUUCCGGCUGCGCUGGUUCACCCCCACCACCGAGGUGCCGUUGUGCGGCCACGCCACACUGGCCUCGGCGGCAGUGCUCAUACAGGCCUGCGGCAACACGCAGCCCUCCGUGUCCUUCCACACGAAGAGCGGAGAGCUGGUGGUCAGCCGCGCCGCAGCAGCCAGCAUCUAUCAGACCACGCAGGAGCCCUCCGGGUCGGCUGUGGUGCUGUCCAUGUCGCUGCCCGCCUACGACCCAGUGGACCCACUGCCGCCGCCCGCCCGCGACCCCGCGGGGCCGCUGGUGGCGGCCUGCAGCAGCCUGGCGCUGGCGGGGCUGUCGGGGCAGCCGCGCCAGCCGCACCAGCUGCCGGUCAAGGAGGUGCGCUACGCGGCCAAGGGCGGUCUGAACUACCUGCUGGUGGUGCUGGGCGAGGGCGUGUCGCGCCAGCAGCUGGAGGCGGUGGAGCCCGACUUCGAGGCCAUGAGGCGCGGCGCGGGGGCGGAGGACGUGCACGGCGUCAUCGUGUGCGCGCGGGGAGGUGCGGACGACGAGCACGAGGUGCACAGCCGCUUCUUCGGGCCCUGGCUGGGUGUGAACGAGGACCCCGUCACGGGCUCCGCUCACGCCGUGCUGGGGCCGUACUGGCAGCCGCUGCUGCGGCCCGCCGGCGGCGGCACGGCGACGGGUCCCAUGCGCAUGCGGCAGUGCUCGGCGCGCGGCGGUGACGUGGAGGUGGAGGUGCUGGCGGGCGUGGGGGAGGGAGGGGAGGACCGGGUGCGGGUGUCGGGGUCGGCGGCGCUGGUGCUGGAGGGCACGUUGCGGCUGUGAGGAGAGACAGGCGGUGCGGGCGGGCGAGCGUUGAGAGCGGGGAAGGCAGGGGCUGGAGAGCCGGUGAUGCUUUACUGUGAGCGACACACAAUUUUGGUGGGCGGCGGGCUGUGCGAGCGGUGGGAGGAUAUCGAUAGCAGACAGCUGGUGUGGGCUGGUGACUUGAAUGCACCUGUGCGAAUGAACCGUGAGUGACACCUGUGCGCGUGUCGGUUUGCAUGCUGCUUUGCGCAUCGGCCGCAUUUUCGGGAAGCGUUACAGCAUGUGACCACCCGGGCGUACUGCAAGCCGUGAUCUGUGUGUGUAACAGGCAAUGUUG